AAGCGAGGCCCAUAAACCCUUCGCUUCCUUCUUUCUCGGGCGGCGGCGGCCAUGGACAAGGAUGUGCUGGGCGGCGUGGACGGCCUCUCCCUGAUGCUCCAGAUCCGUGACAGUCUGAGAAUGUACAAUUCCCUGGUGGAGAGGUGCUUCAGGGACUGCGUGGACACUUUCCUCCGCAAGACUCUGGGCAAGCAAGAGGAGUCAUGUGUCCACGGUUGCGCCGAGAAGUUCAUGAAGCACUCCAUGAGGGUUGGCAUGAGGUUCGCUGAGAUUAACCAGGGCGUGGCCACACCUGACUAAUCGUGUCAAUUUUGUUGCCCCUGCCAAGAUUCUAACCGUGGAGAUUUUGUCAGCUUCGAUUUGUGGUCCUAAAAAGGUUUUAGCACUUCUUGAGAUCUGCACCUCAGUUAGGUUUCCUCUUGAACAAACUGCUGGGUAUGAAAAUGGGUAAAAUUACCUUGAACCAACUCGGUAUCCAUUCAUGCUUGAGUAACUUGCUAACUGCUGAGAAGAGUUUGGGUUCAUGUUUCACACACUUGAAUCAGCAGAUUUUUAGCCACUUAAGUGCAUAAUAUGGUUGCUAUAGCCAGAUAUUGUUUGGAAUGUUGCAAGAUCUGUAAAGGCAACUUAUUUCUUUCCCUCUCAUAAGGCAUCUGCCUUCUUUGACA